AGCUGUUUUCAGAAGUUGUUAAAAUGUUUUUCAUCACAAGAAGAAGAUGACACAGUGGUUCUACCAGGAAGGAGGUGAGGGAGACAGUGGAGAUCGCGGUCAUGACCGAAGAAUUGGUGGAGGUCACCACCGAGGCGCCAGCGGUCAUGACCAAAUUGGAGAUUUUACACUAACUAUGCAGAAGAAGUAUUCAAGAGAAGAAAAUGAUUGGCCCAGGGAGCUUGGGACUAAACUGCUCAUACCUAGAAAGAGAGCGAGGCGGCGUCCUGUAAAAGCAGCUGUGCAGGUUAGAUUGACCGGCGCAAUACCUCUUGUUAAUACUUCAAGUGAAGACGACAAUGACCCAGAUUUGUUUGAUGCUCAGCAAAUAUCCAUAGUGCAAGUUGGAAAAGAUGAAUGGGUUAAUCCAAGAUCUUUGGUUUGGGGUUCUCAGAUAAAAAGUAACAGCACUACCAGGAACAAAAUCCCUUCAACCUUCUUUCCAUCUGACCCUCAGAUCUCACAGAAUUUGCCGUUUGUAUUUUCUGAAGAGAUAACUUCAAGUUUAACAAUUCCAUCAAGUACAAAAACCAAGACUGUUAUUUCGAUUGGAGAUGAUGCAGUUGUUACAUCUUCUCCGGUGUUUAUUUCUCCGUUAACAACUACAGCUGUGAUAUCUGAACCUUUAAACAAUCCAUCAAUUUCUCCGUGUGCGAUGCAACCAACUUUCCAUGCAUCUUCAAUAACGACAGCUUCCAAUACCUCUCCUUGCGGAACUCCAGUCUUAAAAACUUCAAGAAAUCAUUUGAUAAAAACUUCUGACUCAAAUGGUUUUAAUCAAGUUAACGAAGUAUCAAAGAUUCCAAGAUUAACACAUCCCUCCUUUAAGGUUGGGGACAAUAAAAAUGAAGAAAAGAAUAAAAUCCUUCAAAACGAAAAUGAAUUAGUCGAGACUGAAAAAGAUAUUAGAAAAAACGAAAGAUAUAGAAUGAAGGAAGGACGCUAUACAAAAGACAAUAAAGAAGAAGAAAAAUUAGAAGAUAUUAAUGACAAAAUCAGUUUAAAAACAAGAUCUACAUCUCAUCCAGAAUCCGGAUUUUUCCGUAGAAGACAAUUUGGACGGUUUGUAAGAUCAAGAAAUAAAGUUCAAAUUCCUAGAUCUAUGGUCAGAAAACUUAGUCCAGAAGCUGAACAACACGUUGAGGUUGUUCAGGAUGAUGUUGAUCAUGAAGAUGAUAACCCUGAAGAUGAAAAGAGUGAUGAAGAUAAAGGCAAUGUUAAAGAUGAAACUGAUAGAGGAAAAGAGAAUAAAUAUACAAAAUAUGUAAAAGAAGAUAAAGACAAUGAUAAACCCAAAAAUAAAAUUGAUAAAGAUAUAAAACAUGUAAAUAAAGAUGACAGUAUAGACAUCAAUGAUCAACAAGAGGUUGAUAAAGAACGUAGCAAUGAUAUAGAUGAUGACAAAGUUGAUCUGAAUGAUGGCAAAGAAGGUAGGGAUACUGUCAAAGAAGUUACGGAUGACAGAGAAGAAACGAUUUUAGUCAAACAAAAUACACAUGAUGAUAAAGAAAAUAUUAAUAAUGACAAAGAAGAUAUGAAAGAUGACACAGAAGGCAGAGAUUCUGUCAAAGAAGUUACGAAUGAUAGAGAAAAUACAAUUUUAGUCAAACAAAAUAUAGAUGAUAAAAAAGAAGAUAUGGAUGAUGGUAAAGAAGAUAUGGAAGAACACAAAGAAAAUAUUGAUUUUGUCAAACAAAAUACAGAUUCUGAAAAAGAAGAUAUGGAUGAUGACAAAGCAAAUACAGAUAAUGACAAAGGAGAUACCGUGGAUGAUAAAGAAGUCAAAGAAAAUGAAUCUGAAGACAGAAAUGAGGAUGGGACUGAUCCUGAACAUAGUUUAGAGGGAAGAAUAGUAGAGGGAAGGGAGGAUUCAGUUUCAAGAUCAGAGUAUAUCACACCGGUUGAUCAAUUUCCACAUAACCUGAGUUCCCUGAGGAAACCUUUAGAUUUUAAACUGAGUUAUGAGACAGAAUGGAGAAAAGGAAUAGAUGGAGGUAACAGAAUAGAGUGGAGAGGAGGAAUGGAGAAGAACCAAAGAAAUGAAGAAAUUAGCAUGUUUGAACUAGAGAAGGAGAAGAUAAGAUGGAAGGAAGACAAUCUAAAUUUGGCGCGUGAAAAGGAAAUAUUUGAGAAGAAGAAGAGAAGAUGGGAGGAGGAUAGGAGAAGAUGGGAUGAGGAGAGGAGAAGAUGGGAUGAGGAAAGAAGAAGGGGGGAGAAGGAAAAGGAGGAUAUCUACCUGGAUCUACGAAGAUUAAGAAGAGAAAAGGAGAUAUAUGUCUUGGAAACGGAUCUACGGUUUGAAGAGCUCCAGGUUGAGAUUGACCGGCUCCGAACCAUGAAUAUUGACCUCAUCAAGAAGGUUCGGAAUAUGAACGAGGAGAAAAGAAAUUCUCCGCUAAAAACCAAGAAUCAUAUCUCAGUAAAGUUAUGA